CAGUCAGAAAUUGGCCAAUCAGAUGAAAUAUUGCUCUUUCCGGUCUUGAGUUAUUGCAAAAUACUCAUGGCGAUUAUAUUUUUGGACAAAUGAUAGCUAAGCUAUGUCUUGCUUCGAUUCAAAAGCAUCAUGGUUAAAACAGAUAGAAUAGUUUAUAACUAAACGGAGUCAACCAAAGUCGACAACUUUGAGAAUCUAUUCUUUUCUAGACUUUGACUGUCGUUUGAUUACAUUAUAGACUAAAUAAAAUUCAAUAGAUAAUAAAAAUAAUUUGAAAGCUUCUUAUUGAAAUCAUUGAUUUUUAUAUAGAAAUCUCAAAUUGAUUUUGAAGAAUUUUAUUCAAUUGUAUCAAAAGAUUCUACACUACUUGAAUCUUUAUCACAAUUUACGGUUCAUCCAACAUGGUUUAUGCAAUCUCUAUCUACUUCAUCAGUGACAGAAAAUAAAUUUCGUCGAUUUUUUUCAAAUUAUUAUCAACAACAAAAAAUCUAUGAAAAACGAACAAAUAAAUUAACAAUUGAUUAUAUUAAAGAUAAUCUUUCACGUAUAAUUCUUCUAAUUCUUUAUUUAUUAAUUAAUAUUGCUUUACUCAUUUAUGUUGUUAUUUAUCGAACAAUUAAAACAAAAUCGAAUGUUCUUGUUAUAUUUGCUCGUAUUGGUGGAAUGUUAUUAAAUUUUAAUUGUGCACUUAUUAUUAUACUUAUGCUUAAACAUGCAAUAUUACUUAUUCGAACAAAUAAAUUCUUACGAAAAUUAAUACCUGUUGAUGAUCAUAUUGAUUUUCAUAAAGUUGUUGGACGUGUUAUUGCUGGUUUAGCUAUUUUACAUACUGUUGCACAUAUGGCAAAUUUUGGAAGACUUAACGAUUAUUCAUGGGCGACAUAUAUGGUAAAGUUAUUUAAAUAUAAACAAUAUUAG